GUGGAAAAAAAGAGCUUUAACCUCAAAGAAUGUGAAAGCAGACAGCUUUUCAGCUAGACUCCUCCUCCUGUAGGGCAGGGAGGUAAAAUGUACCUGAACUGGAUCCAGUAUGAGGAAGAAUGCCCACAGAAAGUCACCAACAGCGUAUUGUUUUCGGGAAAAAGAUGACCUAGCAGGUCUGACAACAUUAGUAUACAUUUAUCUGAGUAAUCCCCAUCAGCUGUGACACUUUGUCAAACAAGCAGCUGCUUGACUCUGAUAACAAUGGACGAGUGCUGCUUGUCCCCUGAAGAGCAGGAGAGCCGGAGGAUAUCCAGAGAAAUAGAGAAACAACUUCAACUUCAUAAAAAAAACCUUAAACGGGAACUAAAGCUUCUGCUUUUAGGAACUGGUGAAAGUGGGAAGAGCACCUUCAUUAAACAGAUGAGGAUCAUCCAUGGCAAAGGGUACAAUGAAACUGACAGGAAAAAUUUCACCCGGAUUGUCUUCCAAAAUAUCGUCACAGCCAUACAGGCGCUAAUUGAAGCUAUGAGUUAUCUACACAUCCAGUAUGCUGACAACCAAAAUGUUAGUUAUGCCAAGAAACUGAGCGAGGUGGAGGUAUCUGAUUUGACGACAUUGGCGCCCUGGCAGGUGGAUGCCAUCAAGCGAGUAUGGAAUGAUGGUGGUGUACAAAAGUGCUAUGACCGUCGGAGGGAGUACCAGUUGUCAGACUCUGCCAAAUAUUAUCUGAAUGACAUGGACAGAAUCACAGCCCAAGAUUAUAUUCCAUCUGAGCAGGAUAUCUUGAGGGUCCGAGUAGCCACUACGGGUAUCAUAGAGUACAUAUUUGAUAUGUCAAAAGUCACCUUCAGAAUGGUGGAUGUGGGUGGCCAGCGCUCAGAAAGGAAAAAAUGGAUCCACUGCUUUGAAAGUGUCACUUCGAUCAUAUUCCUAGCAGCCCUAAGUGAAUAUGAUCAAGUACUUUAUGAGAGCCAGAAUGAGAACCGGCUCCGAGAGAGCCUUGCCCUGUUUGAGACAAUCAACACAUCCAAUUGGUUUCAAGAUUCUUCCACUAUUCUUUUUCUGAACAAAACAGACCUGCUGGCUGAGAAAAUCACAGAAUCUCAUCUGGCAACAUACUUCCCAGAAUACAAUGGGCCCAAAGGUGAUGCUGAAUCAGCAAAAAAGUUCAUUGAGAAGUUGUACAUUCAAUUACACCAACAUUCUCAUAAAGCCCUCUAUACACACUUCACCUGUGCCACUGACACAGAGAACAUCCGGAUUGUCUUCAAAGCUGUCAAAGACACUCUCUUUCAAGAAAAUCUUGAAAGAUUCAACAUUGUAUGAAAGAAACCCCAGUGAUUAUUUAUCUUUAGUAACACAAAAGUUCAGGUACAAUCAAAUGUUGCAAUUUUUUGAAAUUAAAAUACUGUCAGACUACGGCUUUGAAAACCAUAAAAAACACAAAGCAAACAUAAGAAUGUUUAACUCCACUGUACUGAAUCAUGUCAUUUUAUUGAAAUAGCAAUGUAUCAAAUAGCAAAUUAUAAAAAUGUUCAUAAUAUUUAAAUAUUUGAAAUCAGAAGUAUUUAACCUUAUGGGAAACAAAGGAAAAGCGAAGAAUGUUGAAAAUCACUUAUAAAUAAAUAAAUUCCAUUAUGGUAGAUUUGUCAUAUUUUUUUCUUCUUUAUAGAGCAUAAAACUUCAGACACACUAAAACAGACACUAAAAUACAGUAGGUAGUGAUAUAUUAAGUCAGCUAUGUUUACAUAAAAUGAUUUGCUAAGAACUGUUCUUGCUUGUUAAAGAUUUUUUUCCAAUUUUUAUUUAAAUAUCUUUUGAAGUUAUUUUAAAUUAAUUUUCCAACCACAUUAGAAGGGGAAUCACUGGUAUGAGGAUUUAACCUGAAACAUAUGAUUCAGCCAAUGCUGAUGUAGGGCCCCUUUUUUCGAAACCUCUUUUCAAAAGGCUUUGCUAUGUAGUACCAUUAAUGUGAAAUUAUUCUUUUCAUACUAAGCAAUAAUUGUACUGAUUGGUUGUUGUAUGAAAAUAACAACUAAAUUGUUAGUUCCACUUUUAUUUUUCUUCCAUUCCCACCAUCACAGCGCUCCCUGGAUGAAAGGCGGCCUUAACAUUACCCUAUUUAGCCUAGGCCAAGAGCCGGUCCUGAAUAGCUCAGGAUAACUUGAGCCACUCUAACUACGCGCUUUAUAAAAAAAAUUAAGUUUUGAGCCUUGCCUUAAAAGUAGACAUGGAGUCUACUCUGUGGCUGGCUAGCUCAAGUGUUAAGUCACCCGUCCUGCACACAGGAAGCCUGUAUCACAGCUGGGGGGAAUGAGCAGCCAGUGUGGGUCCUUAGGCAAGACCAUUCAAGCUAAUGCCUUCUUUGUAGAGUGGCAGCCUAGUGGUUAGGAAUCCUAAGGUUCUGAGUUCAAGCCUGACUGCCACUCUUGCACCCUGAACAAGUUUUUUAGUUCUAUGCUGGAUUUAACAGGAAAGCAAUAGACAAAAGUUGAGACAGGAGAAAAAUUUCAUAUAAACUCUGGCUGCAGCAUUUUGGAACAGCUGAUGGCUUUUAACUACAGUUUGUGGACUUCCUGAUAGUAAAGAAUUAAAAAAGUCUAGCCUUGAAGUAAUUAAUUCAUGGACAAGUUUCUCAUCAUCACCCCUGGACAAUAUUCCAUUAUUACUGUAUGCAACAUUCCGUAGAUGAAAGAAGGAAAUUUUACAAACCUUGUCGAUAUGGGAUUUAAAUGAUCAAAAAUAACACCAAGAUUUUUUAAUUUAUCAU